GCCGGCGACGCCCGCCCGGCUUUUUUUUCCCUCCCCCACGUCGAAGCCGUUCCAUGACAUUCAUUUAUUUAUUUAUUUAUUUCCUCCCGUGAAUAAAAUGUAAAGGCAUGUAUGACGUCGCUCGUGCGCCUAAGAACGUGCGUGUGGGCGUGGAGCAAAAGUAUCAAUGUGCAGCGCGCGAGCGGCGGGAGCAGCCGGAGCGGGAUCCAGUCCGUGGCUAAGUAGAGCAUGACAUCAGGGGAAAUACAACUUCAGCCCCGGUGCUAAUUGCUGGAAAAUGCGCGAGGAACAAAGUUGUAAAUGGUGGCCGUUAGCAGUUAGCAGUUAGUUGGUCGAGCAGCUUCAAGCCCAGCCUCUCUUCCUGGAUGUGAAGCACAGCCGAGCGGCGGCGACCCAGCAUCAGGCCACUUGUCUCCGCCGGACCGUCCAUUUCAGGAUCUCUGCAUCUUCCAGCAACAAUGUAGACCGUGGUGAAGAUGAUGAUGAUGAUGAUGAUGAUGAUGCAGCGCCUUGCAGGGAGGAGGAGUAGGGACUGACUCCUCCAUUUUGCCACACCUGGCACUCUAUGUCCAUCGUGAUUGGGCGGCCAGAGUGCUAUGUCAUCAACCACCCCACCGGCGGCACCACCCCUUAAAAAGGGAAGGAAGCCUGAGAGAUCGGAGGUGAUGGCUGACCCCGUGCAGGCCACCAAUGAAGAGCUGAGGAGCAAAAUCAUGGACAUCCAAAUUGAGCUGCAGCAGGAGAGGGGAAAGGUAUGCAAGCUGCGGGAGCGGCUCCAGGAGCAGCGGCAGGCUCGGGAGCUUGAACAGCACAAGCAUGCCGUGGCCAUCACCGACCUGCGUGCCAAGCUGCACGAAGAGAAGCUCCGCGAGAUCGCGGCCGCUCGCGAGGCGCUGGCGAGGCAGCACGACGUUGAGCUGGCGCGGGCCAUCAAGAUCCGGGAUGCUGAAGUUCAGAGGCUUCAGGGGCUUGUAAACGCGCUGAGGGACGGAGCAGCUGACAAGCUCAAAAAUGCCCUUCUUGCAGAGGCGAGGGAGGAGGCCAGGAGGGCCUUUGAUGGGGAGAGGCUAAAGCUGCAGCAGGAGAUCCAGGAACAGAAGACAGCCAGGAAACAGGCAGAGGAGGCGCUCGCCAACGCCGUGCAAGCGGAUAAAGCCAAAGCAGCGGAUCUCCGCACGGCGUACCAACAGCACCAGGAUGAGGUGCAUCGCAUCAAACGCGACUGUGAGAAAGACAUCCGUCGCCUGAUGGAUGAGUUGAAGGCGAAGAACCGCGUGGUGGGUGCUCUGGAGAGAGAGCUCGGCGUGCAGGCCGGCUACGCCCAGAAACUGCAGCUCCAGAAGGAAGCUCUGGAUGAGCAGCUGGGCCAGGUACGGGAGGCUGAGAGGUACAACCACGGCAGCCCCAAGAGGGAAGUCAUGCCUGGCCUGGGCGACAACCCAGAUCUUCUCAACAACCAGUUUUUACCUUCCUCCUCCUCUCCUCUACCCCCUGCUCAACAGGACACCGAGGAGCGUGACAUCAGGAGGUUCCAGCUGAAGAUCGCAGAGCUUCACUCUGUGAUCAGAAAGCUGGAGGACAGAAAUGCACUGCUGGCCGACGAGAGGAAUGAACUAUUGAAGCGGGUGCGAGAGGCAGAGAGCCAGAUGAAGCCCAUGUUUGAGAAGAACAAGCGCCUGUCCAAAAAGAACGAUGACCUUCUGCAGACGCUGCAGCGGAUGGAGGAGAAGCUUAAGACCGUGAGCAGGGAGAACGCUGAGAUGAAAGAGAAAGCCUCCUCCCCUCGACCACCCUCACAGCAACAACUCAUUCAGCCACAGCUGAAGCGGCCCAGCUCCCUGACAGACCUGAGCCAUGCCCACGAAGAGCAGGAGGUGGAGUUCCUCAAGCUGCAGGUUGCUGAGCAACGCGGCAUCAUUGAUGAGCUCAUGCAGGAACGUGACCGAUUGGUGAUGAGCAAAAAGACCAAGAGGAAACCAUUCAAACUGUCAAAAAGGCAUGUUGUGGAGACAUAUUUUGGAUUUGAUGAGGAGUCGAUAGACUCCGAGACCUCUUCUCUCACAUCCUAUAACACUGACCUCACUGACCGCACACCUGCAACUCCAGAGGAAGAUUUGGAAGAGAGUGUUUCCCGUGAAGAGUCAGAGCUUCGUUUCCGUCAGCUCACCAGAGAAUACCAGGCUCUUCAGCGGGCCUACGCCCUCCUUCAGGAACAGACUGGAGGCUCCCUGGAUGCCGAGAGGGAGGCCAGGACACGUGAACAGCUGCAGCUGGAGCUUAGCAGCUGCCAGGCCAAGAUCAUGGAUCUAGAAAAGGCCCUGGCCGAGAGGGGGCAGGAUUCGAAGUGGGUAGAGGAAAAGCAGUACUUGCUCAGGACCAACCAGGAACUUCAUGAGAAGAUCGGUGUGUUGCAGCAGGCCCAGUCGCGGCUGCAGGCUGAAGUCCAGGAUGCCCGGGACCAGAACGAGCUGCUGGAGUUCAGGGUGCUAGAACUGGAAGAGAGGGAGCGCAGAUCUCCUGCCCUCAACCUGCACAUGUCUGCGUUCCCUGAGAACAGCAGCAGUGCCCUGCAGAUCUACUGCCACCAGGAGGGAGUCAAGGAUGUAAUUAUUCCUGAGCUGAUGAAGAAACUGGAUAUCUUGGGGGAUAAUGGGAAUCUCAGAAAUGAAGAGCAGGUAGCUGUGAUCCAGGCCGGAACCGUGAUCUCUCUGUGUGAAAAGUGGCUGAAGCAAAUAGACAGCACCGAGGCCGCUUUGACACAGAAGAUGAUUGAUCUGGAAAAUGACAAGGAGCUGUUUAGUAAGCAGAAAGGAUUCCUUGAGGAGGAGCUGGACUACAGGAAGCAGGCCUUGGACCAGGCAUAUAUGAGGAUCGAGGAGCUGGAGGCCACGCUGUAUAGCGCUCUGCAGCAGGAGCAGCCGGCAUGCCAGGCGGUGGCCGAGUCGCUGACAGACAGGCAGAGGGAGGAGCUGAGGCUAGCCGUGGACAAACUGCGGCGUCAGAUUCUCCGGCAGAGCCGGCAGUAUGACAGUCAGAUCUUACAGGAGCGCAUGGAGCUCCUACAGCAGGCCCAGCAGAGAAUUAGAGAGCUGGAGGACAGGCUUGACAUGCAAAAGAGACAAAUAAAGGAAAUAGAAGAAAAGUUUUUGUUCCUUUUUUUGUUUUUCUCUUUAGCAUUUAUUCUUUGGCCUUAAAGACAGGGACUGUGGGCCCACAUCAGGUGUUCAGGUGCUGCGGAGGAGACCAAGGAUGAAACAAAACCGAACUGUUUUUUAUGCAUUUGUAGAAAGCUCUAAAACCCUAUGGCCUUUUUGAUAGAUUUGCACUUUUGCAGAAGACCCUUACCUGGAAUGCAAACA